UAUCUUGUUUUGAAAACAUAAUGCUGGUUAUAGCCCAGCCAGCUACGGGUUGUUUAUCUGUAGUAAGGGGAACUUGAAACCGUCCCUUGCCCCAUGUCCUCGGUUGUUUUUCUUCUUUCGCCUGGAUUCUCCAUGUUGUCGGAGAAAAAGUGAGGGCUUUACCUAGACUAGAGGCGGCUACGGAUAAAUAUACAAGCGAUAAAGUAAACUGAGACGCGAAGCCUAGAGAAAAGCAGAUAAGAGAAAACAAAACAAAGUGCCAUGCCCCUCCCAUGUGGAAGAGAAUAGAAGGCGGGAAUAAAUAAAUAUCAACAUAAUUUGUCGCCGUAGGUUCGAGAUAUUUUUGCGCGAACGGAAAUUAUUAAUUUCAAGUAUCGAUAGCCAUUAAAGCCACUAAAUGCGGUCCGACUGUUUGUCGCUGGAAAAGGUUGGUUGGACGUUGAGGGCUGUGCGUUUGUUAGAUGGAAAGUUCGAUCAUCACUCAAGUGCAGAGAGAGAAUUCUCGGUUGCCUUCGAAAACAGAUCAGGUAAAUAAUAACUCGCCUCGGAAACCUGGAAGUCGGAACAUCUUCAAAAAGCUAAUCUGUUGCCUUCGACCUCAAGAUGCCCAGCUGCCAACAUCACCUAACCAUGAUGCCUUGUUAUCACCUGAGGACAAUGGGACCAUUGCUGAAAUUCCAGGGGAGUGUCUUCUGCCAGCAGUGACCUCUCAGGACCAGGGGAAGAUCUGUGUGGUUAUAGAUCUGGAUGAAACACUGGUGCAUAGCUCCUUUAAGCCAAUAAGCAAUGCAGAUUUCAUUGUGCCUGUGGAGAUUGAGGGGACCACACACCAGGUGUACGUGUUAAAGAGGCCAUAUGUGGAUGAGUUUCUUCGGAGGAUGGGAGAACUGUUUGAAUGUGUUUUGUUCACUGCAAGCCUUGCUAAGUAUGCAGACCCAGUGACUGACCUGCUGGAUCAGUGUGGUGUAUUCCGGGCACGGCUGUUCCGUGAAUCUUGUGUGUUCUAUCAAGGCUGCUAUGUGAAAGACCUGAGUCGCCUCGGCCGUGAGCUCCACAAAACCCUGAUCCUAGACAACUCCCCUGCCUCCUACAUCUUCCACCCUGAGAAUGCUGUUCCUGUAAUGUCCUGGUUUGAUGAUUCAGAGGACACUGAGCUGCUGCACCUCAUCCCAGUAUUUGAAGAGUUAAGUCAGGCUGAAGAUGUUUAUAGCAGACUAGAACAACUCAGGGUUCCAUAAUCCCUACAACUGCCAGACCACAGCAAACCUAAAUCUUGCAUUGCACUGACUGCCAAUCACACGCAAGCGGCUCAUAUGACAGAAGGCUCAACCCUCUGACCUAAAAACAUAAACAAGUAUUCUACUGAACAGAGAGAAAUGUGUGUUCUACUAUGGAUUACACUUACGUGGAUGAUAUUCUGGUCAGAGACCAACUGUCUCGGUCAUAGAGCUUGCUUUUUGCAAUAACAAUUUACAAAUUUUGUAUUAUUAUCAUCAUUAUUUCUUUUUUUUUUUGUACUAUUUUAUGAGUAUUUUUUUACAAUUAUAAUGCCAUCUUUGGGGAGAUUUAAACAGAUGCUGUUAAACAGGACAAUACACAGGGUCUAAUCAAGUCAUUAACAAACUGAAGUCGAUGCAUUAUGGCAUACAGCUGUAAUGUAAGCACAAUAUACCUUCAGGCCAGUGUCUCUAUGCAAGCUCUACCUGAACACACCCUCACGUCACAUGUUAAUUUACAUCAUGAAUUCAAAACUAUACUUACAAUAUUUAAAGGGAAACUGGUGUUUUUAAAGUAUUCCAGACGUAAGCAUAAUGCCACAAAAAUUGUGAAAUGGCUUAAAUGGAAUACAUCUUAUAUUAACUAUCCAACAUGCUAUGCAUUCUUUUUUAUAAAUGCUAAUGUGACACCAAGGACCAAUACAGCCUUGUUUUUGGUAACAGUUCUAUUACUUUACAAAAGCCUUGUUGAGGCGUAAAUAGCUGAGGUGAAUGAAUAUUUUUUAUUUUUAAUGAUAUUCCUGUUUUUAACACUGUUUCAUGUGAAUUACAUCCACAUACUGUUAAUUUAAUUUGACACUUCCUGUAUUCAUCUUUAAGUGGCCUUAUAUCUGCUUCAAGUGUACUUGAUGAAAGAGGUUGUUUUGAUACUUGCGGGGCAGAAUUAACCACAUAGAAUGAACCAAAGAUAUUUAUUUUGUUGAGUUCACUUCUAAGUCUCUGAGGGUUUACACCAUGCUGUAUUUAUGCAGAAAACUACUUGCUGUCCAUCAUAUAUGUGUAUAUUUGGUUUAACUUGAGUUUAAAAUCUUUAUAUGAUACUGUUAUUCUAUCUGGCAUAGACCAGACGUUCCAGCUCUUUUUUUCAAUCUUGUAAUAUUAUUUAAACAUGAUCAUUUCUAUAAGUUGUUUUCAUUGUAGCAUAAGCAUUCAAAAUGGCCAUGUUUUUAUAUAUAUAUAUAUAUAUAUAUAUAUAUAUAUAUAUA